AGAGCAAGAUGGGUCACCAGCAGCUCUACUGGAGCCAUCCAAGGAAAUUCGGCCAGGGUUCUCAUUCUUGCUGCAUCUGCUCAAACUGGCAUGGCCUGAUCUGUAAAUAUGGCCUCAACAUGUGCCACCAGUGUUUCCAUCAAUACAUGAAGGAUAUAGCCUUCAUUAAGUUGGAUUAAGUGAACUUCCUUGAAUGGGUCAUCCAAGAUACCUACCUUAACAGCAGAUAUCCAAG